AUGCAGCCGUACUGUUCGGAUCCGUGUCCAGAUCCAUGUCCUUGUCCUUAUUGCCCUUUUCCACCAUGUUCCUCUGAUCAGGAAGACACAGUGAAAACGGAUCUUCUCAUGCGCAUAUUGGCUCCAAAAUGCAAAUUAAAAGGCACUAGUGGAGGUAAAGGAUUCAGCAAAGGCAGUGAAGGCAUCAAAAUCGGCAUAAACAUAGGUUUCAAUGUCGGUAAAGACAAAUGCAAUGAAAUGCAAUGCAAAAGUGGCAAAUGUUGCAACGGUAGCAAAGGCGGCAAAGGCGGCAAAGGUGGCACAGGCGACAAAGGUGGCAAAGGUGGUGAAGACGGUAAAGACGGUGGAAACGCUGAAAACAGUAAAGUCAGUGUUUGCGAUAGAGGGGGUGGAGGAGGUGGAGGAGAUUGUAAAGGCGGUAAAGGUGGUAAAGGCGGCGAAGGUGGUGAAGGCGGUAAAGGCGGUAAAGGCGUUAAAGGCGGUAAAGGCGGCAAAGGCGGUAAAGGCGGUAAAGGCGGUAAAGGCGGUAAAGGUGGUAAAGGCGGCGAAGGCGACGGAGGCGACGGAGGCGACGAAGGCGAUGGUGGCGACGGAGGCAAUGGAGGCGGUGGAUAUGAUGGAGGCGGUGGAAAUGGCGGUGGAAAUGGCGGUGGGUGCGGUGGAGGCGGUGGAGGCGGUGUAGGCGGUGUAGGUGGUGGAUGCGGUGGAUGCGGUGGAUGCGGUGGAGGCGGUUGGGGCGGUUGGGGCGGUUGGAGUGGUUGGGGCGGUGGCGGCGGUGGGGGCGGUGGAGGCGGUGGAGGCGGUGGAGGCGGUGGAGGCGGUGGAGGUGGUGGAGGCGGUGGAGGCGGUGGAGGCGGUGGGGGCGGUGGGGGCGGUGGGGGCGGUGGGGGCGGUGGAGGGGGUGGAGGUGGUGGAGGGGGGGAGGGGGAUGGGGGGGGUGAAGGGGGGGGGGGCGGUAGGGGGGGCGAAGGCGGUGGAGGCGGUGAAGGCGGUGGAGGCGGUGGAGGGGGUGGAGGCGGUGGAGGCCGUGGAGGUGCUGGAGGCGGUGGAGGCGUAGGAGGCGGUUAUGGCGGUUAA